AAAGCCAGUGGAAUGAUGGAAGACCGAGAUGUUUGUAGUGUUUCGCCCUUUGAAAUUCUUAGACGCUUAAAUUGGCGUUAUUGGUCAGUUUGUUUCCACAGCAUAAAUUAAACUGUUGAUUGGUCAGAAGUAAUGGGAGGGGACAGUGUUAUCUAAAAUAAGGGUAGCCUAUAUCGAUUGUUCCAAGGAAGGACAAAGUUAUAUAGCCCGCAAUUUUCUGUGUAUGAAAAUUACUAGGCAUAGCUAGACCUAAUACCACAGAUAAUGCGCAUUUAUGGAAAUUCACGCUUGACUUUUAAUUAGGCUACUGUAUUGAUAAGCUGAUCCACUGUACUCUCUAUUUCUACUUCUAUCGAGGGAAACAUUAGCUCUGAGCAAUUAUUAAUAACAGACGAUGUUUUACUAUCCAAACGUUUUACAAUACCGCACAGGCUGUUUCUCUACUGUAUGGUUGGCAGCUACAAAAGCUAUCAAAAUUUCUCGGAGAGACUAUCUCAAAGUCAACGUUCAACGCACAUGCGAUGACAUCAUGGAUUACGUGCUGGUGCGGGCCCCGCCUCUCCAGCCGGGACUUCCCCGCCCCCGUUUCUCCCUGUACCUUUCCUUCCAGCUGCAGUAUGGCGUCAUCAUCGUCUACCACCGCCAAUGUGCCCUUUUACUGGAGGAGAUCCAGCACACCAUAGACAGACUGCUGCGCUCCGCCAAGACGCUCAAAAUUGACCUGGUGGAGCCCGACAGGCCGGCCCUAACUGUUCCUGAUGGUCUGUCCAUGUUGGAGGAAUGUGAGAGGGCCCAGGACCCCUUCUUUGGAGUGAUGGAGUACGCGAUGCCCAGCCCCAGUACGAUCAUGCAGCAGUGGCAGGUACCUGAAGAAACAUCCCCCCAGCGCCCCCUGGUGGAAAGACUUGGAACACCACAGAGGGACCGCAUCACUGCAUCCCCUGAGUCUAUCACUCUGGUAGACAGGGAGCUCGUUGUUACUCCUGCAGCAGAGUUUGAAGGGGCGGACCUGCCAGAGGUCACGCCCAGGCAUAUGGACAUAAUUGACAUGCUGAUGGAGCAGCAGGACCAGUUUCCUGAAGAAGUGGAGGAGAGAGAGGAAGUGAGGGAGGCAGAGAUAUCGAGGGAACUGCAGCAGGCGGCAGUCUCCGCGUUGCAGCUGGGGGUCACCGCGGUGACUGCCGAGGAUCUCACCUUGCUGCCGGAGAGGGAGGCGGAGACACCUGCGCCGGCCCCGCCCUCGACCCCGCCCCUGCCCCUGCCCCCGCCCCCGCUGGAGACCACCCCGGUGUCUGUCAUUCCACUGCCCUCGUCCCCUGAGGGAGAGAGGGAGGGGGAGACGGAGGAGAGACGGAGGCAGAAGGAGAGAGGGAGGGACAGUCCUGGUCUGGAGCCAGAGCCCGCAGCUCCACCAAAGAAACCACGGCGGCGGCGGCAGCUGCUCUUCAUCGACGAGCAGACUCAGAUUCCCUCAGAGGAGCUGCAGGAGGCGAUACAGGAUCCACUGACUGAGACCCAGGCCCUGGAGUUGUUUGAGCCUCCCUCCAGAAGAAGUGUCUCUCCGGUGGAGCUCCUGAGCAAUCCCUGCACUGCCCUCCACCCAGAUAUCCUGGAUCUGUGGAGAAGGGCAGCGGUCGUCACCCCCCUCUCGAGUGUGGCUGCCGGGGAGAGGGUGGAGGAGGGGGAGACGGAGUCGGAAAGAGGGAGCUUGGCGGCAGUAGAGCAAGAGAGGGUGGCGGAUAAGGAAGUGAGAGAGGAGGACGGGUCAAAAGAGGUUGCCAGAGAGUUAGUGGAGUCAGAACGGCCUCAGCCUGAAGUGUCAGUUUCCACUGAGCUGUUGGGGGAGCUGUCCGACAGGGACGUGUCCCACCUCGUCAUGCCAGAGAGCAGAGGGUCUCCUACAGGAGAGAUUCUCUUCCCGCUGGAGGAUAUUCCUGAGGAGGAAGAGAGGCCGGCAGAGGGAGAGCUGAAGCAGGUGGUCCUGACCAGAGUGAAUCUCAUGGGCAUGCUGCGGGAGCCCCUCCAGGAGCACAGCGAGGUGUCCUUCCACUCUCUGCUGCCCCCUCUGGCUGACCGCAGUACUGUAGCGUGCUCCUUUUCCGCACUACUCGUGUUUGUUUCAGGAAGGAUACUCAGUGUGGAACAGGAGGAAUCUUAUGGCACCAUUAUGAUUGCAAAAGGACCUCAGUAUGAGGAGGAGGGGGCCUGGGUGCCACACACAGACUGAUACGUUUACCGAAACUCACAAAUACAGUUCAAACCGUCUAUAUUACCAGUAAUAACGUUCUUUAGAAAUGUUUUAUUGGAAGACAUGUUUGUGAUUAGAACAUAUGAAAUUCAGCACUUGUUGCAGUUUGAGUGUAAUGUGUUUUUACCAUUAUGAAUUUCUUCUAAUUCUCAUUAAUGUUUAUGUCCCUGUUCCUUUUGUAAACAAAUGUUAAAAAUGUUAAUAUUAUUCAGUGGUGUCGAGCUUUACUGAAAAAUGUACAAUUGUUAAGUGGUAUUACAGUACAGGAAGUGUAGUGUACAUGAAUAAACCACUGCAGCUCUAGUUUAAACCUUGACUUUCGUGUGAUGUGUUAGUAGCUGCAGUAGGCAGGAGCGCUUCUUAUAACGGUGUGGUUCAUACUGGGUUUUCUCUGAUCAGUCACUCAUUUGCAUAAAAGUGACUGAAUUUGCAUAAGUCACUUGUAAACCAGUUCCUCCAUGCAGCUGAUUCACUGUAGUGAGUGAGGCAGAAAGCAGGCCU